UCCGAUCCUCCUAUCCACUACGCCAUAAUAUAUAUCGACCGCGACAGCAAUCUUAGAACCUCUGGGGAAAGGGUCAUUCUUAAAAAUUACUCCUCGAUUAUUAAGCCCUUAGGUAUUAAGUAUAAGUACCCUAAGUAUAUAAGGAAAGAAAACUAUAUCGAACUAUUUCUUUAUAUUCUCCGCGAGCUAAGUAACUAUAGUAUUACUACCGAUAAGUUUAAGGAAAUUACUAUCUAUAAGCUUUUACGGGUUCGAAAGAUAGAUACAGUGAUUUACGUUAAGAAAGCUAGCUCUAGCGCUAAGGGGAAUAAAGAGGAUCACUCUACUAAGGUAGUCUUAGCGGUAAUAGGAGCGCCUAAAACAACAAAAGAUCCUACUUCUAUAUUAGUCGACACUCUUCUAGAAAUCUUAUCUAUACCUCUUAAAUUAGAGGAUAUCAACGAUUUUAACUACGAAUUACCACCCGGAUACGCUAACUUAUUUUUGGAGCCUAUAAUAACCGACACUCCGGUCUCUAUUGAGAAUACCUUCACUAAAGCCCUAGGCUAUUACGGUGUGCGGAUAGAUAUAAACUCCUAUCAAAACAUCGCCAGCCUAGAAGACUACGGCUCACGAGCUACCAGUUAA